UGUUUUCUGACCUCGUGGUACGUACAAUAAUUUUUGUUACAUUUUAAGCACAGUGUGGCUAAAAACAAUAUGGGUGACGACGAGGAACACUACAACCCAAAGGCUCACAAGAAGCUCCUUAUGGCCAUUGGCAGCUUGGGAGGCGUCCAGCACAUACAAAAAUCAACGCGAGACGAGCGCCAGACGCGUCAGGAUGAGUUUCAGCUGGUUAAAAGCGUGAAGGCAGUGGAGUCGGAGCACAAUCCCAGAGCCGUUGGUCUGAAUGAUCUGGUGCAGAUACUGCGUACCUCGUCCAAGCACAUUCAAACUGGCAAGAAGCUCAAGAAUAUCCAGAGCACCAAGAAAGUGUUGGAGAAGCCGCUUGAAAAGCCAGCAGCGGAUCGAAUUAGGCGCACCAUUGGCUAUGAGGGAGUGAAUAAGAAGCUCGGUCGAUGGGAUGCUGUGGUGGCCCAACAGCGUUCGGCAGAGACCCAGAUCUUUCCGUUACCCUCGGAAACAAUUUAUGUUAACACAGCGGCCCAUGCCAAGCCACUGAAGACGAGCAUUCAGUCUGACUUGGCUAAGGAGCUGGAAGCCAGCAAGCUCAAACUCCACGAGCUGCGCAAAGCACAAAUUGGCGACACAGCAGAUGAGAAGGUCUUGGCCCAACAGGAGCGAGAGCUACUACAGAAAAAGCUCACUCGCGACGAGCUCUUUGCCCGUCGCAGGGAAUUGGCCUAUCUGAAAAUGCGUGAAUCCCAGAAAUCGGCAAAGGCGCGCAUGCAGAACAAAAUCAAAUCGAAAAAAUUUCAUAAACUGCAGAAACGUCAAAAGAUACUCGAGCAGAUGAAGGAGUUCGAACUCCUGCAAAAGACAAAUCCAGAGGCAGCGCUGGAAAAGCUGAAUGCCCUGGAAAAGAUUCGCGUCCAAGAGCGGGCCAGCUUGCGACACAAGAACACCGGCACAUGGGCCAAGAAUUUACAGGUGCGAGCUAAAUACGAUAAGGAUGUGCGUAAGGAUCUCGCCGAGCAGCUGGCCGUCAGCCGACAGUUAACUCAGAAAAAACAAGAAUCGGACAGCGAAACUGAAAUAAACAUUAAGCCAGACACCCAUGAGGAGGAGGAGGGGAAAGAAUAUGAUCCCUUUAACCCGUGGACAAAGCGGAAAGUACCCGGAAAAGCUCCAACACAAAAGGAUCCCAAUUGGCGCAAAUAUUGGACAGAGCGCAAUCAAAACACGAAGUUGUUGGAAGAGCAUCGUAAGGACUUUGAAGAUGUGGAACACGUUAUAGAAGAGAAAUCGAAAUCGGAAUCCAAACCGAAAACAUCGAACAAAAAGGUCAAAAAGUCGAAAGUUUCUUUUGAGAACGGUUGGGAAGUGGAGAAAGUCGAUCCUGAGACUAAUGUAAUAGGCGAAAGCAAAAUCAUUGACGAUAUAUUUGAAGCACACGAAGAUAAGCUAAGGGCAAAGCUGACGAAAAAGCUAGAAAACCUGCAGCAGCAAGCUGAUCGACUUAAAGAAGCUCCUGCUAAAAGCAAGAAGGUGAAAAAAAAGAAGGAUAGCUUGAAAAACCUCAAGGCUUUGGCCAUUAAAGUGAUUAAACAACGUGUUGAAAUUGAUGAGCCUUUAAACCAUGCUGAUGAGUCCCAGCAACAAGUGGACGCCGCCAAUCCGGAGAGUGUUCCUGAAGUCGCAGUGGAUUCAGCUGUAGACACCAUUGACCUCACUAAGGUAACAACUUUAGUGUGGACGCAGAAGGAGCGUAGUUCAGGUGCACUCAAUGACGCGUUGACCAUUAGUCAGGCCUUCGAAGACGAUGACAUCAUAGCUGACUUUAACAGGGACAAGAACAAGGACUCUGAACUAAAAAACACCGAGCUCCAGCUGGCUAUGCCUGGAUGGGGUUCCUGGGCUGGUGCUGGGAUAUCUCAGGAGGUCAUGGAAAGGCGCAAUAAACGACUCUUGCUCAGAUUGGCUGCUCCAGAAAAGCGUCGCGAUGACAACAAGGAUAAUCUCUUUAUUAAUGAGACAAGUACCAAGCAGGCACGGCAGCACAUGGUUUCCACCGUACCAUUUCCUUUCAGAUCCUUGGCCGACUACGAGGCCAGCAUUCGGGCGCCCAUUGGCAGGAACUUUGUCCCAGAGACGGCCUUCCGAAUGCUGACACGUCCCGCUGUCAUUACACGUAAGGGCCAGGUUAUUGAGCCAAUGGAUGAGAGUGAACUGGUUAAGCCGGAUAGGCGUCUCAGGCAUAUUGUUGAUAAGAGAAUAAAACGCCUGCCCAAGGUGGCGCCAAACGCCCAGAAAGCUUAAAAUUAAAUUUGAAAAUAAACGGAAGACGUAAAUAUAUAUUUUGUUUGUUGUAAUAAAGAUAUCGUAAUAAAUAUCUUGAACA